CGUAAACGGAAGCGGAAGCGGAAGUGCAGCGAAAAGGACAAUGAACCCAGGAGGAGGUGAUGGAGACGCGUAAGCCGCAGCAUUUUAGCAAGAUUGUGUAUGGAUCGUUAUCGGAUAAAUAUGUGAAUUAUUAUACUUUAAUCCCCUUUUUUGCCCCAAAAAUCACAAGCAAAUAGCUAAGCAAAGUACGCCUGUAAUCUACUUUCAAAAUUACAACUUUCAAUCAUACUAAAAAGGCCCUGUAGUCUGUUGACUUCGACAUUGUUUAAAUUCCGACGUGAUUUCGACAUCACAAGUUUAUACAACAAAAAACUCAACUAAUACACAAGAACGAUCGGAAGACAAUGGAGAACUCGACCGCCGCUGAAACCGCAUUGCAGUGGACCGCCUCAUCGGUGGUUGGCCUAUUCCAACAGAAGGACACAGGCGAUCUCCAAGAAUGCGGCUUUUUUGACAUAUUUGCCAGUUUGGUGUACCUUUUUAUCUUCCUGUAUGUUAUGGCUAAGCUGGUACUAAUAUCGGAGCGCUAUCUUGGCCAGCACAUGCUGUGCUGCCAGGAUCAUGUCAACGAGGUGCGAUCGAUGGGCCGCGAGUGGGAGCAGACCCUGCAGAUGUGCGAGGCGGACAAGGAGCGUCUGAAUGCCGAGGUGGCCACCCUGAGCGAGAAGAAUGUCCAGCUGGAGGGCGUGUUGGCAGAGUUGCGUAACUGCAAUUUGCAUAUGGUUAAAGUCAAUUUGAUGCGCUCUGUGCAGCUGAAAAAGACAAUGCCGAUCGUUCCGCCAAACAUCUACAUUACCAACUCACACUUUCACGUCACGCGUCAUGUGUUUAUUAACGAGGGACAACUCAGUGUUCGCAAUAUCGGCGGCAUUGCCGAUGUCUACUUGGAGGAGGGAAUAUCGAACGUCUGGAUGAAGUACCUCAAAAUGCGCAAGUGUUAUAUGGGCCCCAUCGCCGAUCGCAGCUUGGUGGAUCCCCUCGGUGACAAUCUGGAUCCAGAGCUGCCCGUUGUCAUGACCACCGAGCAGCUGGCCGAGAUGCAGGGCAUUAUCUAGCUGACACCAGUGAUUUGUGUUAAUUC